CGUUGGAGGCCGACCGGUGCGGCGCCUGCGCACUGGAACCAGGCGUGCGGCGCCCCAGGCGCCGGGCCUGCGGCGGCCGGAACCGGAACGCGCGCCCGCGGGGUAGGAGACCUGGAGCUGGAGAACCCGCCGGCCAGAGUCGUAGUAGUGGAUGGGGAGUAGCCGUCCCAUUUUCAACGCAUCUCAUUCUAAAUUGACGUUCUGGUGGGCUGGCCGAAGAAGGAGAAAGACCCGCGGCUCCGACCUCUGACCUCUAACCCCGGACGCACUUUGAUUUCGCCGGCUUGCGCGGAAGGCUGACUCCCUGGGCCGCGGCCUGGCGCGGGAGCCGCCUGUGGGGUGUCCCCGGCGCGGGAGGGUGCUCUGGUUCAGGCAGGUUCCCGUUGCGGCGGGGUUCCCCCGGUUGGGAGGAAUGCCCCUGCCGAGGGGAUGCUCCGGCCGGAGGGGGUGUCCCUAACGGCGGGAAUACCUGGACUGGCUGGGGUGUCCCACUGGGGAGGGUUUCCCGGUGGGGAGGUGUCUGGCGGGGGAGCGGCUCCGGCUAAGCAUGGGUGUUUUGCUAGGAGGAUGCGUCUGGCUGGGGGCGGUGUCCCAAUCGGGAGGGUUGCCCUGAUGGGGGAGGUUCUGCAGUUGUGGAGAUGCCAACUUGGGGGGCGCUCCGGUUGGGGGGUGUGCCCUCUCUGGUUACCCCGCUCUCGCUGCCACUCAUAGGCCUGCUGCCCAGGUAUGCACAAGCCAAGGCCUUUUCUGCAGACCAAGUAGCCUUCCCUGGAGAGCGCCCCCAGCACCACGGAAACUAUCUAUAUGCCCCGCGGUGGUCAGCCCGCCUUAUCCCAGCCCCAAGACCCAAAACAAGAAGCAUGGACUGAAUUUGAGGUUUCUGGAUGGUCGCGUGAACCGAGGGGACGGGUACUGGACUGACAAGAAAUGAGCUUUGAGGGUCAAUCUGGGUGACACCCGAGUCUCCUGGUGAGUCGGACUCCGGAGAAUUAUCUCAAGUCCAGCAUAGAGAGCGCACAUAGACAGAAAAGGAAACGGACAAUCCCAAGUGCCAAGGGAACCUUCCCAGGUUUCUUUAGGGCAGCUAAACUGCUCUGUCAAAGCCUAAGUCCAUUUAUGACAGGCCGAGCACCCUGAGCCCUCGCAGGAGACACGAGCGCCUUCAUGGCCCUCCUGUCCCGCACCCACCUCUCCGCCACCCCUGCUGUCUGUCCCUUCCCUGAAACCUUUAUUUCGAGUGUCUUUGUGGCUUCCCUCUUUACCAUCCUUGAGUUGAAAUAUCACCUCUUAAGGGAAGCCUUCCCUCUCCUCCCUAGUUAAAAUGAUACUGCCCCCCGCCAUACCUGUCUUCGUUGACUUACUUGGCUCCAUCACAGUGUGUGUCAUGUGACUCGCCCACAUCCUGAUUUGGAAUAUUGUCUCCCUACUAGAAUGUUAAGUCCAUGGUGCCUAGAACAAUACCUGGUGUACAGGAGACAAAAUAUUUGUUGACUGGGCCGGGCGCGGUGUCUCACGCCUGUAAUCCCAGCACUUUGGGAGGCCGAGGUGGGUGGAUCACGAGGUCAGGAGAUCGAGACCAGCCUGGCUAAUAUGGUGAAACCCCAUCUCUACUAAAAAUACAGAAAAUUAGCCGGGAGUGGUGCUGGGCGCCUGUAGUCCCAGCUACUCGGGAGGCUGAGGCAGGAGAAUGGCAUGAACCCGGGAGGCGGAGGUUGCAAUGAGCUGAGAUUGUGCCACUGCACUCCAGCCUGGGCGACAGAGCAAGACUCUGUCUCAAAAAAGAAAAAAAAUUGUUGACUGAAAAAAGGGAGUUAAAAUGUGAAGAAAAAUCCUUCACCAAGCAAACAUCCACCCUAAGUGAAGGUGUGGGAAGUAGCUGCAGGCAGCUUUUUCACUCCAUUUUUCCAUCAGCUGCUACCCUUGUGUGCCCCUCAGCACUUAUGUCAAGAUGCUGUUCUCAGCACGUGACAUGCUAACACUGCAGACUUCAGGGCAGUCCUGAGAGGCAGGCACUGUUCUUACCCACAUUUUAUAAGUGACUGAACUGAAGCAAGGGAGUGGUGAGAGGCAGUGAUGGGAUUCAGCCCAGGAGGCCUUUCUUUCAACCACAUACUGCACUGCUUCCAGGAGGCGCUUCACAGGUGACCCCACCUGUGGUACACUUUCUGCUGUUCUCCAAUAUUCAUGCUGCCCAUCCCACAAUUAGUAAAAUUUUAGCCAAGUACAGGACUGCCUGGCUAAAGACCACAUUUCCAACAGGAAGGGGACAGGUCAGAGACAAAAAGUGACAAUCCAUUUCCCAGUCUGUCCCUCAAAAGUCCCACCAUUAGGCUGGGCAGUGGUGAAAGCUGUCAAUAGCCAUCUGGGAGCCAGGGAUGGGAACCACUAUGUAGGAAUGACAACUCUGCCACGAGGCCAGGAUCUGCCCCCUCUGGACUGUUCAAGAAAUAAACUGUCAUGCUAUGAGGGUGGGGGGCUGUCCCCUACAGUCCCAUGAGUUUUUUGUGGGGUUUUGUUUAUUUUUUGAGGCAGUCUUGCUCUGUCACCCAGGCCGGAGUACAGUGGCACAAUCUCAGAUCACUGUAACCUCUGCCCCCUGGGUUCAAGCGAUUCUCCUGCCUCAGCCUCCUGAGUAAUUGGGAUUACAAGCAUGUGCCAUGAUGCCCAGCUAUUUUUUUUUUUUUUUUUUUGUACAGAUGGAGUUUCACUAUGUUGCCCAGGCUGAUCUGGAACUCCUGACCUCAAGCGAUCUACCUGCCUCAGCCUCCCAAAGUACUGGGAUUACAGGAGGGAGCCACCGUGCCCGGCCUGGUCCUGUGCAUUUUAUAGAUAAGGUAACUGACAAACCUAGCCACAGUCACCCCUUCGCCCUAAAGCAGAACUGGAAUUUGAACCCAGAGCCUUCUUCACCACCACCUCCGUUGUUUCUGGAAGCGCCCUCCAGGCAGGCCAGCCAGCAUCACGGGGCCUCCCCUGGGGCUGGAACGUCUGCAGGAUGCCCCUUUGAGAAAUGCUGCUCCACAGAACCCUGCCUUUCAGGCCUUGGAGACGUGGGCAGGGGAGAAGCAGCGUCCCUCAGAGCCAGGCCUGGCAGUGGUGCCAGCAGGGGCCGAGGCCCAGGGAGCAGGGUCUCCUGUCGGAGGGACCUGGGCAAGCCCCUCCACACGCCAGUGGGUUUCUCAACAGGGGAGGUCCACACCACACCGCCUGGGAACCUGGGUGCCUAAACGCAACAGGAGCCGAGGCACAAAUUUAACCAAACACCAAGGUUGCGUGAGGCCCCAAUUCGUGAGCCGGGCUCCAAGGACGUGUCCUUAGGCGGCUCUGGAAGGCCCAGCGCCAGCCCCCGUCCUCUGUUAAUGGGAGCCAGCCCCGCGGCUCCGCCCAGGCAUGGUAGCCUGAGCGCACCCCCAGGGUAGUAGGGGGCACCUGAGGAGCAGGGUCUGCCCUGGCAUAAGCAGAGCCCAGGAUGGGGUCAGGGUCAGGCCCUGCCAGAGGCUGGAGGGUGCCCAAGGCGAGGCCGGUGAGGCCCAGCUCUACAAAUAAAGUGUUUUAUUUACAGGA